GCGUCAUAUGGUGUCGCCAUAUUGGUCUCCUGCAAGUUCCUGUUUUGUAGAGUCGAAUGAAUGCAGUCUAAAUUCUAUUUCCUUCUUCGUUUUGUCUGUAACCCUUGGAUUAAACGCUCUCCCAAGUCUUGGAAGUUUAUGAUGGUGACUGAUAAACGUUAACUUCCAUUUCAAGCCAUUGUGGAUGCAGCAUCAAGCUGCAGUACUUGAUCCGGAAUGCCACCACCACCACCACCGCCUCCUCCCCCAGCCCCAGGUCCCCCUCCCCCACCUCCAGCAGGAUUUGGAGGAGGGAAGAAGGGAGGUGGAGCACUAGACCGCGGUGCAUUGCUCAGUCAAAUUCACGGAGGAGCUAAGCUAAAGAAGGCUGUCACAAAUGAUCGCAGUGCUCCUCAGCUUGGUGGAGGUGUCAAGUCUGGUGGUGGAGGCGGUGGAAAUGGUAGAGCUGGAGGUGGAGGUGGAGGUGCUAUGGGAGGAGGGGGAGGAAGUGGUGGAGCACCAUCCGGCUUAGGGGGACUGUUUGCUGGUGGAAUGCCAAAACUAAGGCCGGCAGGUCAAUCAAGAGGUGCCGGAGGCCCAGCUCUAAAGCCACCAGGUUCUUCUAAUGGACCCACUCGCAGCUCAGCCAGCUCCGUGGCUAAUGGUGGGCCUCCGCCACCGCCCCCAAGUUCUAACAAACCAGCACCUCCUGCACCACCACCCAGCUUCAACAAACCUUCAUCAGGACCACCUCCCCCUCCACCAGGUGCUCCUAAGCCCAAUUUCAGCAAGGCUGGCCCACGGACUGGCCCACCCCCGCCACCUCCCAGCAGCAAUAAACCACAAGAUGGUGGAGGGUCUCGCCCCACCAGUGGCAAUGCUUUCAGGGGUGGCUCCUCAGAUGCUCAGAGACCCAGCGUUGCCUCGCUGGCUGCGGGGUUAGCCACCAAGCAGCAACAUCCCCGAAGUUCACCACAGCAGUCUUCAGUGCCUAACGCUCCCCACGCUGGUGGUGGGGGCAUACCUCCUCCUUUGCCCACGGGAGCACCUCCUCCCCCGCCAAGCCGGCCGCCACCCAACAGCAACAGACCUAACAGCAUGGUGGGUCGACCUCUACCCCCUCCGCCACCUGCUAGCCACCUGGCUGACAGUAGCAACCUUUCAGUGGGUCCUGCAAGGCCGCCACCUCCUCCCCCCCCCAAUAGGGCUGCCGCUCCUCCACUUCCACCCACUAGGACGACGUCCAAUGCACCGCCGGUUGGUGGAACGAUUGGUCGGUCUGGCCCUCCCAGUAACAGGCCCCCACCUCCAGUGAGGCGAGAUGUCAACGGCAGUGGCACUGUAGGGCGGAGUCAAGGAGCACCGCCUCCAAGCCAACCUCCCAGUGUGCCACACAAUCGAUUGUCUGGAAGCUGGGGCUCUGGAGGUGAUGAUUUCGAGAAACGGUUUCGUUUUCAUCAAUCUAACGAGUUCCCCCCGCCUGAACCCUUUGCAAAUGUAAACAAGGUUUGUCCCAGCAAAAAUCCUAAACAUUCUGUACACCAGAGACCACCUCCACCACAACCCCCCAGGUAGAAGUCAAGUGAAGUCUAAAGAGACUGCUACGCUGCAAAUGAAUUUUGUUCUUUUUUUUGUUUUUUGGGUGAACUCGGGCCUAUACAUCUGCGGGGAGACUGCAAUACUAAAUCCAGGAGCUCUCCAGGCCCAGUUCUGGACUGUAUUUCUUUGCCAGGCAGAUCAUUUUUGUAUAGCACAUAUCCACUUGUACUAUCACUUUGAAUAAGGUACUGCAUGUUAAUACAGCUUCUACUCUGGAGUCCCUUGAAACUGAAUUCCCAAAUGUCGAGCUCAAAUGGUUUGCACAGUACUCUAUGCAUGUGAGGGAGUUUCUAAAGAUUUUUAUAAAAUUGUUAUCACCAGCCUCUAGCUGACUGGCACAUUUUUUCAAGGCUUUGUAAUGAUUUACAUGAGGAGAUGUGCUUAUUCAUGUGCUAUAAUGGAUAUGUAUUCUUAUGUCACCAAGACAUUUUCCCCACAUUCAUUCCACCAUUGACAAUAAAUGAAGUUCACUUGGCCAACUGAUCAUGGUAAAACAAAAUCAAGAUAACCAGCUGCAUUAGAUUUUUCUUUGUUUUCCCCUUAUUUUUCUCUUUGUGACAAAAUUUCCAUCUUUAUAGGUCUAACUCUCUCCUGCUUUGUUUUAUGAGUAGAUGUAUGACAAUGCUAUCUAAAAUCUAUACAUGCCAUGUAUGUUAUUUGGACUGCCAUUUGUUUAGCUAAUUUUAAUUGUUAAAGUCUCUCAAAAUAUGUUUACUUGAAGUACACAAUGUACAAGUACAUAUAUUCAUACUUCAGUUUUUUGCAGGUAUUGUUCAUGUUUGUGGCCUGACCUGUAAGCAUUUUGCAAGUUUCGUGCAUAUUAUUUUUUUAUGGUUAGAAGUUUGUAGAAUGUGUAGACUCAGUGAGCAUCUAAGUUGCUUUCUGUUGCAAAGUUGGGCUUCCAAGGAUUGUGGCAAAAUAAUUUUAUCUUUUGGUUUUCAGGUUUUCUUUUAAUGUUUCUUUAGGGACGCUUUUCUUCAAAUCUUAAAGUUAUUUUUAUCAACAUCAUAUUUCAUUUAUCUCAGAAGAAUUACUGACUCUGAGAAAAAGAAUGAAGUAUUUAGAGAUGUCUUUGUAAUGAUUUGUAUUAAUUUGAAGUUCAUUUGAAUUGUCAUGUAAGAUGCUUUCACCAGUUUGAGCCCAACGUGAUCUGAAUUUCCCCAUAGUCAAGGUAGUGUACCCAAUAUUUCAUGGGGUCCUCACAGCUUAAGAAGAUAUACGCUGUUCUGCUUCUUGCCAGAGGUUUGAAAGCCAUGCUUAAAUUUGAUAGACUCAGGUAUAUGUCUAAGGGCAACUGCUUUUACCCUUCUGUGCACUGAAUGCAUGGCACAACUUAUGGUGCUCAUGUAGAAGUCUGCCCAAAGCUGAAAUGCAAGUGCACAGUAUGAUCCAGUAUGCUCAAAGAGGAAGUGUUAUAGGAGCCUAAUCUGUUGGUGUAGUCUUACAUCUGCAUACAUUUGGCUGUGUGUAAAUGCAUACAGUUGGCUGUGUGUAAAUUGUUUAUGUGAGAUUCUUGGCUGCAUGGAUAUGGACAGAUAUUCGUUUUUUGUGCCUUUUUUCGUGGUCUGUCCACUCCCUUCCCUCCUCGUAUAACACAAGUAAUUUGAUGUUUUAUAAACAUGUGGACACUCUUUGGUUGAUAAAAUUACUAUCUCAGAAAGGGUUUGAAGAAGCCAAGGACUACACUGGAUUGGAGAAUUAUUAUUUUGAUUCCUGAAGACCAGAGAGAUAGUACUUCAUUUUUUUUUUUUUUCUACUCUGUAAAUUGUAAAGCAAUUUUAUUUUGAAACCUUAUGUUUAUGGUUUCAAGAGGUAGUGUUGCAUGAACUUUGUACAGAAGGUGGUAAUUGGUCAUUGCAAGUAUUAAUAGGUCGAUACACAGUUGUCCAAAGGGGGAGACAGCUAAUGCGUCUGUGAUUUCAAUGCUCAUUAUCUUGUCCGUGUCUUACGUAACUUUUGAGUGAAUCUCCUUUGUGAAUAAUGAGUGAAUGAAAUGACAUUAUAUCAACAUGGUCAUAAGUACGACAUGAUUUGAAGCCUUUGGGAACAAGUAGUGGUCCACAGUUGAUGGCCAUUAUUUGAACUGUUUUUAAUAGAUUUUUUUUUUGGUUUUUAGCCCAUGUGCUCACAUAUCAUCUGGUUUUCUUUUGAUCUGAUUAAACUCAUUCAUUGUGAUAUGCUGGCAGUCAUUUUCUUUACGUGGCAUAAACCUUUUCAGUUUUAUAAUUUGUCCAGCUUCUUCACUUUUUCAAAAUUGUAAAACUGUGGAUAUGACCCAGCUUGAAGCUUUCUAAGAGUGGUAUUAUUGCUAUGACUGUCUUUAAUGACUAUAAAUGAAUGAAGAAGAAAUGUUAAUGGAUAAUGUUUAUUGGAAUAUAGUGUUGGAAGUCAUCCAAAUUGCAAUGUUCUUUAUUUCUUGUAAAGUUUUCAUGAAUGUGUGGCACUA